AAUUUAUUAGAUCAUGCACGACAUCCUUGGACGUUGACACUUUCAAACAAUAAGUUGUGCAGCAAAAAUUUAUUUAUCAAAAGAAUCAAGUUGUCACGGCUGACUUUUUCAAACCUAUUUGGCCCGCGUGGAGCCGAGGGAUAGUCGGUCUGCAACACAAGUGAAGGCAUUGGAAAAUGAAAACCAAGCAACUAAUACAACAAAUCACCUAAACAACACAAGUGAAGGCAUUGGAAAAUGAAAACCAAGCAACUAAUACAACAAAGCACCUAAACAACCCAUGUCACAAUGAAAGUGAAAACUAAACAUGACACUAUGCUGAAAACCACUAAAGUGGAAAAUAGCAUUGGUUGGUUGGGUAGCAAAAUGAACUUCACCAACUCUCCUAGGGACUUCUAUAUGAAAGGUUGGUUUAAUAGUGAUGAUUUUCCACAAAUGUUUGAGUCCUCAACUGAUUGAAAGUUUUACAAAUGGUUUAGGUUAAGCUCUUAUCUUUCCCCAAGGGGCCGUUUGAUGGCCUGGAAAAAUACUAUUCACUUGGAAAAAAAUUUCAAAAUUUCAAAAUUUUUCCAUUCCAACAAACACAGAAAAAAAAUUUCGACCGUUGAGGUCGAUUCCGGAAAUAUUUUUCCGGAAAAAUAUUUCCAGCUGGAUAGACGGAAAUAUUUUUCCGGAAAUUUUUUACGGCCCGUUGGGCACUCUCCGCUCUCCCGACCGCCUCUUCCUUCCGUCUCACGCGAGAGCUUCUUCCUCGCUUCCUGGUUUCGUCCGACCUUCCUCGCUUCCUGGUUUCGUCCGACCAGUAGAGCGCCGGGGAUGUGGAGUCUCUCCUCGCUACUACAUUCUGUCCUCCCGUGCCAUGCAGCUGAACGCUGCGGCAGCCCUCGCCCUCUCCACUCUUCCGCUACCAUAGCCACCAGGCCUUACACUUAUUCCUUCUCUCCGUCAAUCGCUCCUGCCAUUGUUGGCAGGGCGCGAUGCCUCUAUGUCAAUGCUACGAGGAAGAAGGAAGGAGCCAGAAUGCGGACCCACUACGUAGAUGUCGAGUUGGGUAAUGAUGAUGAUGAUGGUUUUGAUGAUUUUGAUGAAGAAGGGGAAAAUGAGGAUGUUGGUGGUAGUGAUGAUGGCGAGCUAUUGCCAUUUGACAAGAUGAGGAGUUGGCUGGAGAAAAGGCCCUGGGGGUUCGGCGAAGGGAAGAGGUAUGAAACGAGUCUGGAAGGCCAGCUCCUCCAGGAGAUUGAACAGAGUCGGAAAGCCCAAGAGGCGAACCUCAACAAUCUGAAGCGCAACAAAUCGAAAUCUGAGUCAAUGAAGCAACCCUUGAAGCAGCAGCAGGAUGGUUCCUUGAACUAUAUUCUGGGCAGACUGUCGUCUUUGGUAAAAUGGAGAAACAAAUUUCAUGUGAUGCUUUGAAGCCAGACAGCCUUCCCAAGUCUGAUUCUGGAUCAGCACAGAGCAAUGUUAGAUAUAG